AUGGCCUCCGACGACGCAUCCCUCGCGAACCACUACGUUUCCUACCUCGCCGCCGCUUUUGCCAAGCACGCCGACGCGGCCGUCUUCCGCCCCUACGUCGAUCGCACCGACUUCUGGCCCACCGUCACCUACCGUGAGCUGAACGCGCAGCUCGCCGCCGCCAAGGAGCACUGGAAGGUCGCCCUCGCCCCGCUCGGCCUCACGCACGGUGAUGUCGUCGGUUGCUGGUUCACCGGCCGCCGACUCGCCGACUUUGUGAACUCCACCGCGCUCUCCGCGCUCGGCUUCGUGCCCCAGUUCUUUGGUGGGUACUUCCCGAGCGCAGACUCCGUGCUCCUCCUUCUCGAGCGCGGCGGCGGCAAGGCCCUCGUUGUCGACCCCUCCCUCGCCGCUCCCUUCGCCGAGCACCCGUCGACCGUCCCGCGCUUCUCUCCGCUCGCGCCCGCGGAGCUCGACACGCUCGCCGCCGCGCGCCCGCUGGACGAGUGGGCGUUCGGCGCGGACCGCGCGGUGCGCCUCGACGACGUCGCCAUCCUCUUCCACUCGUCCGGCACGACCGCCGGGCUGCCCAAGAUCAUCCCAAACACGUUCCGGAUGCUCCGGUCGGUGCUCGAGCACAAGUUCUCCAAGGAGCAGCUCCCGUCCCGCCCGGGCGUCCAGGUGUGCUACAACACCAUCGGCAGCCUCGCGAACAUCGGCUCCUACCAGUGUCUCAUUGGCGCGAUCAACCUCGGCGGGUGCGUCGCGCAGUCGUCGUCGAUGCUGAUCCCGCCCGCGGAGCUGCUCGGGCUCGUGCGCGAGUGCAAGAUCACCAUCCUCGUCCUCUACGCGCCCUUCCUGUCCGCGCUGCUCCGGCCCGCGAUGGCGGACCCGGAGCUCGAGGGGGCGCUGCUCACCCUGCACCAGAUCACGCACACCGGCGUCGCGCUGAACAAGGACGACGAGGACUGGGCGUACGCGCACGGGCUGAACAUCAACACCUCCUACGGCACGACCGAGACCGGGCCGCUGAUGUGGUCGCGGCUGGGGUCCGCGCCCGCGGACCGCGCGAUGCGGCCGAUCCGCGGCACGCGCCCCGUGUUCCUCCCGCAGACGGCGGAGGCCAGCUCGGUGGACGCGAAGGGGGUCGAGCUCUUCGAGUGCGCGAUCCCGGCGGACGCGGAGGACUGCCCCCCGGGCGACUUCUGCGGCGCGGACGGGUUCUACCACACCGGGGACCUCUUCGAGCGCAGGUUCGACGGGUGGGUGUACCGCGGGCGCGCGGGGGACUGGAUCCGCCUCCAGCGCGGGUUCUGCGACACGAAGUCGGUGGAGGACUUCGUGCGCUCGGCGUGCAAGGACGUGAUCCACGACGUCGUCGUCCUCGGCACCGCGCGCCCGCUCGCGUUCUGGGCGGUCGAGGUCCCGCGCGAGGCGCCGCCGCUGACGGAGGAGGAGAAGGGCGCGCUGAAGAAGGAGGUCCUCGCGCGCACGAGCGAGUUCAACAAGACGCUGUUCCAGCACGAGCGCGUGCUCGAGCCGAAGCAGGUGUUCGUCGUCGAGAAGGGCGUGCUGCCCCGCACGAAGGAGAAGGGCAACAUCCGGCGCGCGGUCACGGAAGAGCUCUUCCAGGCGGAGCUCGAUGCCCUGGCACCGAAGAACUGA